AUGUCUGUUGAAGAAACGUUUGUUCUGAACCCAUUACUUGCAAAAUCUUCAGAUGCAUGUAACGACGCUCCGGCUGUUUCGGAACAUCUCAUCUGGUAUCCUGGAAUUGUCAUCGCCACUGUUUAUGGAUUCCUUAUUCUAAUUGGACUUAUCGGAAACAUCGCGCUCAUAAAGACAUUUUGCACAGUAACAUCAAUGAGAACUGUACCCAACCUGUUCAUGUCAAGCCUGGCGCUUGGGGACUUGCUGUUGUUAAUCACCUGCGCGCCGGUGGAUGCCAGUAGGUAUCUUGUGGACAAGUGGCUGUUUGGGAGAGUGGGCUGCAAACUCAUUCCGUUCAUCCAGCUCACUUCGGUCGGUGUAUCCGUCUUCACACUGACGGCGCUAUCCGCAGAUAGGUACAAGGCUAUUGUGAAACCAAUGGAUAUACAGACGUCCAGGGCCACAGCAAAAAUAUUCCUCAGAGCUGCACUGAUAUGGAUAUUUUCUAUGAUUCUAGCCAUCCCAGAGGCCAUUUUCUCUGACCUUCACACUUUCAAUAUCACUCAAACCAACGAGACGUUUGUCACAUGCGCCCCCUAUCCACAUGCCAGGGAUCUGCAUCCCAAGAUCCAUUCCAUGAUCUCUUUCCUCAUAUUCUACAUUGUACCUCUCUUUAUCAUAUCCGUCUAUUACGUUUUCAUCGCCAGGAGUCUGAUGAGCAGUGCUUGCAACAUACCUGUGGAAGGAACCAUGCAUGUCAGGACACAGAUCAAGUCCCGGAAGAGGCUGGCAAAGAUGGUGCUGGUGUUUGUGGGAUUGUUCGCGGCAUGCUGGCUGCCAAGCCACAUCAUCUACCUGUACCGCUCUUACCACUACUCCCAGGUGGACACCUCCCUGCUCCACUUCAUCUGCAGUGUGUGUGCCCGAAUCAUGGCCUUCACCAACUCUUGUGUCAACCCCUUUGCCCUUUAUCUACUGAGUAAGAGCUUUCAGAAACAGUUCAACAAACAGCUCUGCUGCUGCCGGCUGCCUCCAAUUCAGCAUUCGAAAAACCAGGGGCAGAGCACCAUCCGCAUGACCUCACUGAAGAGGCUAUCCACCAAUCACUCUCUGGCUAGCUUCAGCCUCGUUAAGGGCAAUCAAUGUAAGGAGGGAUGUGUGUAG